AUGGAUGAAAGCCUUACGUCGGAUCUCGACAGCGAUGCGGAGACGGAGUGCCACGCGCUCCUCUCCGAGACCAGCAGGUCGGACGAUCGCUGCUGCCGCUGUGGGCUGUGCUGCAAGGCCUGCCUCUUCCUAUCCCUGUGCGCUCUUGUCCUUUGUGCCGUGUUCCGCGACGCUUUGGUCGCGCGCCUCGCGGGCUUAGGCAUUGCAGCGGCCCGGAUCCAUUUCGAGUCCGUCGAUGUGGGCACGAUCCGAAACUCUGCGACCCUGGACCCGCGGAUCGUCGCCUGGAUCGCGCGCCCAAGCCCAGUGGGCGUCGAUGUGAGGAUGACGCGGCUGGUGCUGAAAGUGCCGACCUUCCCCACCGGUGCCCUGGCCCGCGUGGGCACGGUGACCAUGCCGAGCUUGAGGGUCGAGGCUUUCCAAGACCUACGCAUCAACGUCACGGCCCAUGUGGACAUCGAGGACUUCGACGUCUUUGGUCUAGCAGGCAAGCAUGCUGUACGGGAGCGCGACUCUGGCUGGGUGGUGGAAGGGAAACUGCAGGUCCACUGUGAACUCCCACUCUUCACGCUUGACUUGCCUGAUAUCCCCUUCCAGCGGCAAGUGGCCCUGAAAGGCAUGGCAGGCUUCGCCCAAGAUGCCAACCCAGUUACCAUGGAGGCGAUCACCAGUGCCUAUGGCUACCCAGACCACCUCGACACCACUGUGGCCAUCAGAAUCUACAACCCCUCCUACCUCUCAGCGCGCCUUGACACGCCCACGCAGUUCAACAUCACCCAGCGGGGGCAGCCCUUCGGGACGGCAGUGGUCCAGGAGGUUGCCCUUAAGCCUGGGCACAACACGGUGAACGUACGGUUCUUGCUGCAUGAUGACAGCUCCAACCGGGAGGCCGUGCGCGCCUUCAUCCUCGGCUACAUCCUGGCAGACACGCAAAUGGUCACCAUGCACGGCUCAAAGAGGUCCUGCUCUGACCCACUCCUGGCCGUCGUGCUGACUGGCUUAAACCUCAGCUUCCGCUUCAAACCGCCCCCGGCAAGCUUCAUCCACCACAUCACGGCCAACCUGGGGCUCAUCGGCCUGCAGGUCACGGCGCAGAUUGCGAACCCGCUGCUGGGACACGCUGGGCCAGGAAACGAUGAUUGA